UUUCUUGCUGGCCAAGUCGCUCGUUUCGCGCCAUUAUGAAUUCCAGCCGGCGAAGAGAUAAACAUUGAUAAGAAUAUCGUUGAAUAUUGAGUAAUUAUUAAGUGUCAUUUCGUCUAACGAGUUUAAAAGAUGUCAGAAUCUUCCAGCGUACACGUGGAUCCGGAAGAUACUAUUAACAUUUUAGUAGCUACCGAUAUUCACCUUGGUUUCGAGCACAGUAAAAAGAGAGGAGGACACUGCGAAGACAGUUUUAUUACAUUUGAAGAAAUAUUGAAGUAUGGCAAAGAUAACGAAGUCGAUUUUAUUUUGUUGGGUGGAGAUCUCUUUCAUGAUACUAAACCAACGCAAACUACAUUACUCAAGUGUGUAGAAUUGCUGAGGAAAUAUUGCUUAGGUACUAGAGAAUGCAACUUGGAAUUUUUGAGUGAUUCAGAAUUGGUAUUUCGACACUGUGCACAAAAACAUGUGAACUAUGAGGAUCCCAAUUUAAAUGUCUCAAUGCCAAUAUUUACCAUUCAUGGAAAUCACGAUGAUCCAAGUUUUGGUACUGUUGGCUCAAUAGAUAUACUCUCAGCUACUGGAUUUGUCAAUUACUUUGGGAAAUGGACUGAUCUUACUCGUGUAGUUAUACCCCCUAUAAUUCUAAAGAAACGUAAUACGCAUGUUGCACUUUAUGGUUUGAGUUAUAUUAAUGAUCAGAGAUUAUCUAGAUUAUAUAGAGAUGAGAAGGUGGAAUUGUUACGUGCAAAAGACAUAGACACUUUUAACAUAUUUGUUUUACAUCAAAAUCGUGCCAAACAUAGUGAUUAUGCAUAUGUACCAGAGAGUAAAUUGCAUAACUUUCUUAAUUUAGUUAUUUGGGGUCAUGAACAUGAAUGUCGCAUCACUCCUGAAUUUAACACAGAAGGCGGAUACUACAUUUCCCAACCAGGAAGCUCUAUUGCCACUUCUUUGUGUGAAGGCGAAUCAAAACCUAAGCACGUGGGCCUUUUAAAAGUAAAUAAGAGUAAUUUCAAAAUGAAAAGUUUAAAAUUGAACAGCGUUCGACCAUACGUCUUUGAUAAUAUGAUUCUUAGCGAUCACGAUAUUAAAAUACAAGAUUGUAUUUCAUUAUCUGACUCUAUACGUCAAUAUGUAGAUCGAUAUAUCGAAAAUGAGCUCAUGCCUAAAGUUGCUGAACAACUCACAGGAUAUCCUAAUCAACCAAAUCAACCUUUAAUUCGGUUAAGAAUAUUUUAUAAUGAUGACAAUGAACAAUUUGAUACAUUAAGUUUGGCACAAAAAUAUUGUGAUGAAGUUGCUAAUCCAAUGGAGAUGAUUAUAUUUCGUAAAAUAAAAGCUGCAGAAAAAGCAAAACGUGCUUUUAAUGAUGAUGAUGAUAUGGAUGAUAUUACAGAAUUAUUCCAAGCUGAUAUAGGGCAAGAUUGGACUAGCACAGUACGAGGAGGAAUUCAGAAAUAUUUUGAUCUUGAAGAAAACAAGGAUAAAUUAACAGUAUUGACUGUAACAGGAUUAAACGAAGCAUUGAAUCGAUAUGUUGAUCGAAGCGACAUAGAUGCCUUUAAAAAUAUUGUAAGAGAUCAAAUGAAAAGAACCAUUGAAUAUGUAAAAAUACAUAACAAUGAGAAACCAGAAGACAUUCGUGAAGAAAUUAAAAAUUUUCGCGAUAAGAGACUUUCAGAAGAACAACAGGAGAAGAGUAAUAUUUUUAAAGCAUUAAACAAUCCAACGCAAACGAGUCUCAAAAAUGUUAGAUCGUCUCAUAAUGUCAAUGUUAUAAAUGAUAGUGAUGAUAGUGAUCAAGAUUUAAAUGCAAUACCAUUGACUAAAACUAGAGGAAGAGGUAGAGGUUCUAGAGGUGGUAGAGGAUCCAGAGGAGGUCGUGGUGGAGGAAAAACUAAUGAAAAAAAUACUUCCAUUGCGAAAAUGCUGGGUUCCAAAAGUGCAUCAAAACAAACUCGUGGCUGCAUUAUUAUAGAUUCCGAUUCCAAUUAAUUAUUAAAUAUAUAUGCAUAUAAGAGAAGAUAUAUAUA